CGCCCCAGCGCAGUACGCCGGGGACGGAACAGGCGCAUGCGCACGGUUGUCAUGACAACGCCGCCGCUCGGCCCGCGGGGUUUGAGAAUCAUGUGGGGCAGUUCCGAAGGUGCCAUUCCGGCCAAGUCCGGGUACCCCCCUCCCGCCGCCACUCCGAGCCCCGCUUCGGUCUGGGCUCCGGCCGACAAUAGCGCUCCAGAACCUAUUGGCAGUCUCCAGAAACAUUAUGAGAAUCUAUGUAUGGAAAAGUCCCAGAAAAUUAAUCCUUUUGUAUUGCAUAUACUCCAAGAAGUAGAUGAAGAAAUUGAAAAGGGAUUGGAAGGAAUCACAUUAAACAUUGCUGGCAACAAUCACUUAAUACCAGUGGAAAGAGUAACAGGAGAAGAUUUUUGGAUUCUUUCCAGAGUUUUAGAGAAGAAUCCAUAUAUUAAUGGUUUGGAUGUUAGAUAUAACUUCCUAGGUGAUGUUGGUGCAUACUAUGCUGCAAAACUGCUUCAGAAACAAUAUAGUCUCAUUUACUUAAACCUUAUGUUUAAUGAUAUUGGGCCUGAAGGUGGAGAAUUGAUUGCUAAAGUACUACAUAAGAAUACAACUCUGAAAUAUCUAAGAAUGACUGGAAACAAGAUUGAAAAUAAGGGUGGGAUGUUUUUUGCUACAAUGCUACAAAUUAAUUCAUCCUUAGAGAAGCUAGAUCUGGGUGAUUGUGAUCUGGGAAUGCAAAGUGUGAUCGCAUUUGCUACAGUCCUGACUCAAAACCAAACAAUUAAAGGCAUAAACCUAAACCGACCUAUACUGUAUGGUGAAGAGGAAGAGUCCACAGUUCAUCUGGGCCACAUGUUAAAAGAAAAUCACUGCCUUGUUGAACUACACAUGUGUAAGCAUGAUAUAAGAAAUUAUGGAAUAAAACACCUAUGUGAUGCACUGUAUCUGAACAAAAGCCUACGUUACCUUGAUGUCAGCUGCAAUGAAAUAACUCGUGAUGGAAUGGUGUUUUUGGCUGAUGUACUGAAAAGCAAUACUACCCUGGAAGUAAUAGAUCUUUCUUUUAACAGAAUAGAAAAUACAGGAGCAAAGUAUCUCAGUGAAACUCUUGCUUCACACAACAGGAGUCUUAAAGCGUUGUCAGUAGUCAGCAACAACAUAGAGGGAGAAGGACUUGUUGCACUUUCACAAUCCUUAAAAACAAAUCCCACAUUCUCUAAUAUCUACAUUUGGGGAAACAAAUUUGAUGAGGCUACAUGUGUGGCAUAUUCAGAUUUAAUUCAAACGGGCUGUCUAAAACCAGACAAUACAGAUGUGGAGCCAUUUGUGGUGGAUGGACGUGUGUAUCUUGCAGAAGUCUCCAAUGGCCUUAAAAAACACUAUUACUGGACACCAACUUAUGGAGAAGCUUGCUACCAUUCAGCUAAUGCCGGUUUUAAUCUUGUACAAGCUACUUUGUUCCUGUGUGUAUGGAGGGGACCCACAAGUUCCCAUAUUCUUGACCAAGAGGAGACUCAGAAGAAGCCAAAAGGAUGUCCAGGGAAUGGAAGAGCUGAAGACCCUGACUUCCCUGCUGCCAUUAUGUCAUAUAAGCCCCCUCCUCCAUAUAUCCGGACACCGUUUUAGAGAGAAGACAAAGGGCAGAAAUGACAGUAAUGUUCCAAGACUUCCCACUGGUGGUAGCUCAACAGGAAGGGCAUGUAAGUUCUGUAGGAAAACUACUUCCUUUGCACGUGAACUGUAAUGAGUAAAUCUGCAACCAUGUUUCCAUUUUCCUCUUAGGAAUCAUUCUCUAAAAUCCAGUGCAAAUACAGUCUUGUAUUAUAGUGCUGCAGAUCAUAUGCUCAUUUUACAAUGUUUCAAAUUUGAAAGCAAAAAAGCAAGAAAUAAAGGGGUUUAGACUUUUUAGAUAUUUGAUAAAAUGUUUGUACCACGCUGCGCUUUUCAAACUAGUGUUCAUUAUGUCUUAUCUACUACUCAAACCAUGUCCACCUGGUUUCUACGUUCAAUUACUCAAUUCAGUGUUGUCUUUGGUAUCCUAUUUCUCUGUAACCAUGUUUGUCUUGUGAAACCUGUACCACUUUGUCUUUUCUAUCACUUUCCAACUCCUUUUCUUUUGCUAAUUCUUUAAAUGCAUUUCUCCCAAGAUUCUGUCCUUUUGUUCUUCUGUACCACCUCCCAGGGCUGCCUUAAUCAUUUCUAUCACAAAAAUUAUUAGCCUUAUGCUGCAAAAUCUGCAUCUCUAGUUUUAACCUCUCCUGGGUUUCAGGCCCGUUUCCAAUUACUGCUAGAUAUUUUCACAUGAAUAUUUCAUUAUCAGUCAAAUUCAGUACAUCCAAUAUAAAGUUUUCCCUUCCAUAAACCUCCUCCUUCUCUUCUCUCAUCAGUUAA